CGCAAAAUAUGAAUCACGUGAACCUUUUACGCGGAAAAUCGGACGGAAGUAAAAAUACGACCCAACAAAUGAUGAAGGAGCAACUGCAAAAUACGGUUACAGCUUACUUGCAAAAAUACUUUCUUUCGCGGUGAAUCCCUCAUGUUAUUAAAGCGGAAAUAGUCGUCUAACUGGACCUUGAACAUUCAGGACACAGUAAUGCCACAAGAGUUAGCUUUCUGAGCAGGAGUUACAUCGCAACAAUGGCCAGUCUCCCUCAGAACAACCUGCAGGAGCAGCUCGCCAGGCACUGCAACACUGCUCAGAGCAAGCUGUCGCUGGCCAAACCUAAAGCUGGGUCAUUUUCUUUUAAAAAGAAAUCUAUUUCAGGCACAACGAAAGUGGAUGUCCCUUUCAAGUUACUUCAGUCUAAUGUUUUGACAAAAAGAAGUGUCAAUAUUUCUUCCCCGACCAUUCCAAACAAGCCAGAGAUAUCGAAUCCAAAUAUCAACAGCUUCUUUGCAUUAAACACUAAAACGAAGGUGGAUUCUCCCAACAUCACUGCGAGAAAGCUACCCUCCACGGUCACUGAAGUCAUCCCUGACACCCCUCAAGACAAGCCUUCCUCCGGCAACAGCAGCAAUCAAGUGGACCUAGCAGCAUCUUUUGUAUUCCCAGAAGACGACUGGGAUGAUUUUAAUGACUUCGAAACCCCUGUCAAAGUGAAAAGCAGUCUAGAAACUUCAGGUAGGACUGAUAAGAAAUGUUCCAAUAAAAACGAUGAACUUAAGAAAACAAGCCACAAUGAUGCAGAAUGUAGCAUCAUCACUGCAGCAAACGGAUACAGAACCAAAACGAGUCCAAAGCACAACGAGCUAAGGGAGACUAACAGCCCGGACCUUUGGGGGCCGGAGGAUUCGCCAGUCAAAAUGCCACAAAGACGACCCAAAACUGGGCGCACACCUGUUCUGAGUGAUGAUGAAGAGGAUGCAGCAGGGGUCACACCUGUACAAGAAGUGACGGAAGAUCAGACCAGAUGGAGCCUUGGUGAUGAGUCUGAACCUGACAAUGACUUCAUUCCUCCGUCGCCUGUCCCUGAGGAGAAGAGCUGCCAAAACUCUGCCAUAGAGAAAAGACUGAGAGCUGAUUCUGAAAUCCAACACAGCCCUGCAAAUCCAAAAGAGUCUUCCACAAUACUGCCUACAGUUUCUAAAUCCCAACCGACAGAAACAAGAGAUACAGAGAAAGAGGAGGAACUCUUUAGCAUAAUGCAGACCAUUUGCAAACUGGUGGACUGUAUCCCAGAGCAUGAACUGAUAGGCCUGUCCUGUGGAACGGAGCUUCUCCUCAACCGGGCUCUCAGAAAGAGGAUUAUUGCAAUUGGAAACAACGCUCCCUUCAGUCGGCAACAGCCAGACAGUACUGUCAUGGUGGAGCCCAGCGUGAAGAAACAGACUUAUGCUUGUGUCACUCCCAGCACAACGCCAAUUCCCCAGAGGCCGAUUCCCUUCAAGAGAUCUUCCAUCGUCUCCAAUGACUCACGUGAUGAUGCUCUAUUUGACGACUCGGACUGCUAUAUCAACACUUUUCAGUCUCCUUGUAUUCCUGAUUCGCGCAGCGUUCCUGCUAGGACCAAGUUCCCAGAAGGCAAUAGGAGGACAUUUGGAAGCCAGAGUAUUAGCGAUUCCCUUAUUGAUAGCCCCUCCAACCAAUCCCCUUAUGUUCCUAAAAACAAAAAUGCACAACUGGACAGUUCGGAUCUCUUCUUCUCCCCCAAGAGUUCAGCCGCUGAUGUGAAAAGGUGUAGCAGUAUCCCCAUGGGAACAACCCCGAGAGCCGCCGACACCGACCCCAAGGAUGGCUUCGUGGACGACUUUGACAUCGAUGAUUUUGAUGAAAUGGAUAUCCCGGAUUACUUUGGCGAACCCCAGAGUUCCUCCAUGGGAAGUUCUACCGCUGUGGCCAAACCGGUCUACUCUUCAACACAAAGACUUCCAGCGACGCCAGUCUCUGCACCAAAGCCCACCAUAAUCUCCCCAGAGCCCACUUACCGAAACCCUGCGCACGACCGCUUGAGAGGCUUCGGCUUUCCCCAUUCGCAGGAGAUGAUGAAGGUCUUCCACAAGCGCUUCGGUCUUCAUCAGUUCCGGUUCAAUCAACUGGAAGCGAUUAACGCCACAGUGUUGCGGGAGGAUGCCUUCAUUCUGAUGCCCACCGGUGGUGGUAAAAGCCUCUGUUACCAGCUCCCUGCCUGCGUGUCUCCUGGCGUCAGUGUGGUGAUCUCCCCGCUCAAGUCCCUCAUCGUGGACCAGAUCCAGAAGCUCACUACACUCGAUAUUCCAGCCACAAGUCUCUCGGGGUCAAAAAGUGAAGGCGAAGCGUCGAGCAUCUACCAGCAGAUGUCCAAGAAGGAUCCCAUCAUCAAACUGCUCUACGUCACCCCUGAGAAGGUGAGUGCCAGUAACCGGCUGAUCAGCGCCCUGCAGAAUCUGUUUGAGAGAAACCUCCUUGCACGGUUUGUCAUCGACGAGGCCCACUGCGUCAGUCAGUGGGGCCACGACUUCCGGCCGGACUACAAGAAGUUGCACGAGCUGCGGCAGAAGUUCCCGGGGGUGCCCAUCAUGGCUCUGACGGCCACGGCCACGCCGCGCGUCCAGAAGGACAUCCUCAACCAGCUGCAGAUGUCCAAGCCCCAGGUGUUCACCAUGAGCUUCAACCGAACCAACCUGAAGUACGUCGUGCUGCCCAAGAAACCCAGGAAUGUGGCCGAUGACUGCAUCACCUGGAUCAAGAAGCACUACCCGCGUGACUCGGGCAUAGUGUACUGCCUCUCCCGUAGCGACUGUGACUCCAUGGCAGAAAGCCUGCAAACGGCAGGCUUGCAGGCCCUGUCGUAUCACGCAGGGAUCAAUGACGGAGACCGGGAGUACGUGCAGACCAAGUGGAUCAACCAGGACGGCUGCCAGGUCAUCUGUGCCACCAUAGCCUUUGGCAUGGGCAUCGACAAGCCGGACGUGCGCUACGUGAUCCACGCCAGUCUGCCCAAGUCGGUGGAGGGCUACUACCAGGAGUCUGGGCGCGCGGGCAGGGACGGGGAGGUGUCCCACUGCAUCCUGUUCUACUCCUACAGCGACGUGGUCCGCCUCAAGAGACUCAUCAUGCUGGAUAAGGAAGGGAACAAACAUGCCAAGACAACGCACUUCAACAACCUACACAGCAUGGUUAAUUUCUGCGAGAACCUGAUGGAGUGCAGAAGAGUCCAGCUGCUUGCCUACUUUGGUGAGAUCAAGUUCAAUGCCAGCUUCUGUAAGGACCACCCAAAGGUCAUAUGUGACAACUGUGCAAGGCCCAACCAAUACAAGGUGAGAAAUGUCUCGGAGGACGCCCAGAAGAUCUUGAGGUUCGUCCAGGAUAACUGUGAGAAGGUGGGGGCGAGGUUUGGCCGGACAGGGCAGCAGACCAGGCUGACUCUGAACAUGCUGGUGGACAUCUUCAUGGGGUCCAAAACGGCCAAGGUGCAGACGGGGAUGUUCGGCAUCGGAGCGGCCUACUCCAGGCACAACGCCGACCGGCUCUUCAAGAAGCUGGUCCUGGACAACGCGCUGGUGGAGGACCUCUACAUCACCAACCACGGCCAGGCCGUGGCCUACAUCUCCGCCGGGCCCAAGGCCGUCAACAUCAUGUCUGGACACGCUCAGGUGGAGUUCUACGAGACGGAGAGCGCCUCCAGCAUCAUGAAGAACAAGGCGUCCGUGACCACAAACGUGUCCGAGAGGGACGCGAUGAGCCAGAAGUGUCUCCAGGAGCUCACCGACCUGUGCAAGAAGCUGGGCAAGGUGUUCGGAAUCCACUACUUCAACAUCUUCUCCACCGUCACACUCAAAAAGAUAGCCAAGACCAUGUCCUCCGAGGCGGAGGUCCUCCUCCAGAUCGACGGCGUGACGGAGGACAAGCUGGAGAAAUACGGCGCCGAGGUCAUCGAGCUGCUGCAGAAGUACUCCAAGUGGCAGGCGCCCGUUGACGCGCCAGAGACCGCCGAGGCCGCCGGCGGGUGGAUAGACAUGUCGCGCGAUCGUCAGGGUGACGAGAACGCCCACCAGUCCACCUACUUCGGCAACCAGGUGAGCCGGGGGCAGAAGAGGAAGAAGAGUCCCUUCCACAUGCUGGCCAAGAAGAAGAAGGGCCGCGCCAACAAGGACUCCAGCGGUCGUGGCAACGGCGGCAAUAAGUCGUGGCCGUCCAAAGGCCAGUCGGCAGGGCGCGGGAGGGGCUCCCCGGCCGACGCUGGCUCCGGACGGAGGCCGGGCUUCAUGGCCAUCCCCACCCCGCAGACCAACCGGCGGCCCUUCCUCAAACCCAACUACUCCAACUCCUGAACACUCCCCAGACUAACCGGGUUUCAUUUGUCUUAAUAUGUUGUUCGUUUUGUUCUAGCUGUUCUAAGCUGUUUUUUACUUAAUGGAGCUGCGUUCGCACCUCAUGUCUUUUUUUCACUGUAUUUCCUUUAAAAUAAAGUAUUUUUCACAUUUGUGAUGCUAAAUA